AUGCUACUCCGAACAAAAUUGCGGCCCAGGGUAUUGCGGCCUACAGCUUAUCGCCUAACCCGUUUCAAUUCCACAACCCCAUUCAUUCGCAUUCAAGAUGGAACUUUUUACAAGAAAUACCCAACUGCCGAAGACUCGUCCAAUCCACCUCUCUUCCCGAACCUGAACUUCACUCUACCCGCCACAUCCACUCCCGAGCAACACCAACACUGGGCUAUAAUUGGUUCAUCAGACCGAACUGACCUCCUCCAUAUACUCCGCGGCCAACAUAUCUGUCUCCCGCCCAAUGCACGUUCAUACCCAUACCUCCUCACAGACAAGAUCGCGGCAAAGGACCCACGGUUACGCUUAGUGGAAAAUGCGAUCCAAUAUGUUGGAUUCAGUGGCGAAGGCUCGGGGGCCAUCGGGGGAAUCCGUGGCGCAUAUCUCAGUGCUCGCUAUGAGAGUCUUCGGGAGGAGACCGACUGGACCGUGCUGCAAUACUUGCGUGGCCAGACCUCCUUGAAUCCGCUGGACGGCGAAAAGGAAGGCACGCUGCAUGAUGAGAAAUUUCUCAUGCAGACUGUUCGCAGUCUUGAGCUAGGAAAACUACUUACCUUGCCAGUCUCGAGUCUGAGCAAUGGUCAAACCCGCCGAGCGCGAAUUGCAAAGGCAAUUCUAAGCAAACCAGAGCUAUUGCUUCUUGACGAGCCAUUUAUGGGAUUGGACCCGGUGGGAGUGGGGAAAAUCUCUCUGCUUCUUGAAAGACUAGCAAAUAAACAGGCCCCGCGGCUCAUUCUGGCUCUGCGCCCUCAGGACAAGGUGCCGUACUGGAUCACCCACAUGAUGGUGGUGGGCAAUUCCCAUGAGGUUCUCUUGCAAGGGCCAAAGCCAGUUAUCGAAGACACGCUCGACGUCUGGAGACACGUUAUAAAAAAGACUGUACCGGGCUCUCUACCCAAACAGGAAGCAGAAAUAUUGAAUAAGUGUAAAGCAGACUUGAAGGCCGGUAUCUUGGACGAAGAACUCCUUGGGGAUCUGGUCGCCCAUACGAAGAAUUUAAGGUCCUCAGAAGUCCAGGCACCAUUGGGCGGAGAGCCAGUCAUUGAAAUGAAAGGAGUUCGUGUCCAGUAUGGCGACAAGGUGGUCCUCGGUGAUUGGUCGCAGUAUGUGAAUGGCACAUCAAACCGUGGGCUGCACUGGCGAGUUCGUCGGGGGCAACGCUGGGCGAUUCUCGGGCCCAAUGGUUCAGGCAAAACAACCUUGCUAUCAAUGAUCACAUCCGAUCAUCCGCAGGCGUAUGCGCAGCCCAUUGAGCUUUUCGGAAAAUCCAGGCUUCCGGAGCCUGGCAAACCAGGAAUUUCAAUCUUUGAAUUACAGUCUCGCAUUGGACACUCAUCACCCGAGAUCCAUGCAUUCUUCCCGCGUCAAUUAUCAAUCCGUGAAGCGCUUGAGACCGCCUUCGCCGAGACCUUCCUGGCAAAGCCGAAGCUGAACAUUGAACGAGAUCUCGACAUAUCUGUAAUCCUGAGAUUUUUUAAACCUCUACUGGAUCCAAAUUACCACACGAGCGAAAUACCAGAAAUAUCGACUGCCCAUCUCCCGACCUUCAAGAAGAUGUCUCACCACAGGGCAUACUUCCCAUUGGAUCAUAUUGUUGAGUACGCGGAUGAGAUUCUCUUUGGCCAGCUCACCCCCGCAAAACAACGCAUUGUGCUUUUCCUCCGAGCCCUCGUCACCAGGCCGGACAUUGUUAUCCUCGAUGAAGCUUUCUCGGGUAUGUCCGCAGCACAGCGUAACCUGUGCUUGCAAUUCUUGGAAACUGGCGAGAAAACUAGACGCAUCCGUUCCCGAAUUGAGCCUGAAAUACGGUACACUGGUCUCACGCCGGACCAAGCCUUGAUCAUGGUUAGCCAUGUACCUGAGGAGAUUCCUGACAGCGUCCGCUAUUAUAUGCGACUGCCGUCUCCUCGAGGCACUGGGGAUCCUCUUGAUUUCCGCUUUGGAAUUCUGCAGUCUAAAACUACUCUGAGGCAUCCUUCGACUUGGGAGGCAGCCUGGUCUCCUAAGGAGAAGUUUCUUAAGCACGCCCGCAGGACUUGGCGCCGCCAACAACAUACUUUACCGGUACAGGAUAUGAGUGAAUUCGAAUGGUGGUCGAUAUAA